AUGGACUGGAGUCAAGUCGAGUCUGUCGCCACGACGCUACUUGAUGGCAACCCGAUUGCAAUCUUUCUAGCACUUGCCGUGGCCCUUGCACUGCCUGCUAUACUCCACUGGGCACUGUAUCGCAAAGCAGCAAGCCCCUCCCUGUCCACAUUCGUCCUGCUCGGACCGAGCGGAGCUGGAAAAACAGCUUUUUUGACACUGCGAUCAAAGGCAGCACCAAUUACCCAUACAUCUCAGGCGUCGACAUCUACAACCGUCACCCUUCCCCCCUCCGUCCCCAUAUUCUCCAAUCGUUAUCGAUCUGUGAACGACUCUAGCCUUUCCGAUUCGAAGAGGAACCCUGUUCAAUAUAUUUUGAAAGACACUCCUGGCCAUGGCAAACUCCGAUCAGCUCAAAUAUCCCAAUUGCAAACAGACUUGAGCUCAAAGAAAGAGGCAUCCCCUACUCGUGGUAUCGUUUUCUUCGUGGACGCUGCAUCACUCUCGGAAGAGGCAGAGAGCCUAAGGGACAGUGCUAGUUACUUAUAUGAUGUCCUCCUGGUGCUGCAGAAGGUUGUAUUGAAUAAGGGCAAGUCGUCUUCAAAGGCCGGAACAACGGUUCCUCUUCUAGUAGCGUCAAAUAAGCAGGAUCUAUUCACAGCGCUGCCACCAGGAUCUGUUCGACAAAAGCUGGAGUCAGAGAUUGAUCGGAUCAGGAAGACACGCCAAAAGGGCCUUAUGGAUGCGAGUGCUGGCUCCGAGCUUAAUGAAGACGAAGAUGAAAUUCUGGGAGGGGACGAUGGUCGCGAGUCGUUCAGUUUCCAAGCCCUGGAAGACGACAUUGGCAUUAAGGUCGAGGUUAUUGGGGGAUUCACCAAGGCUGAGGACGGGGACGCAGACGGAGGGGCUGGUGUCCGGAAAUGGGAAGAAUGGAUUGGAAAGCGUCUCUGA